CUGUGUUCUAUGUACAUGGGAAUCUGCUUGUCCUUAAGAAGAUAUGCCGGUGCCUCGGAGGCAGUAGGCAGCCUCACCACGAAGCUGAACAUCUCUUUCCCAGCUACUGGCUGCCAGAGACUCAUUGAAGUGGACGAUGAACGCAAACUUCGUACCUUUUAUGCGAAGCGAAUGACCACAGAAGUUGCUGCUGAUGCUUUAGGGGAAGAAUGGAAGGGUUACGUGGUACGAAUCAGUGGUGGCAAUGACAAACAAGGCUUCCCCAUGAAGCAGGGUGUCUUGACCCAUGGCCGUGUCCGCCUACUGCUGAGUAAGGGGCAUAACUGCUACCGACCACGGAGCACUGGAGAAAGAAAGCGCAAAUCUGUUCGGGGUUGCAUUGUGGAUGCCAAUCUCAGUGUUCUCAACUUGGUCAUUGUGAAAAAAGGGGAGAAGGAUAUUCCUGGACUCACUGAUACUACUGUGCCUCGUCGCCUGGGGCCCAAGAGAGCUAGCAGAAUCUGCAAGCUUUUCAAUCUCUCAAAGGAAGAUGAUGUCCGCCAGUAUGUUGUGAGAAAGCCCCUAAUUAAAGAAGGUAAGAAACCUGGAACCAAAGCACCCAAGAUACAGCGUCUUGUUACUCCACGUGUCCUCCAACACAAACGUCCGCGCAUUGCUUUGAAGAGGCAGCGCACGAAGAAAAACAAGGAAGAGGCUGCAUAAUACACUAAGCUUUUGGCCAAGAGAAUGAAGGAAGCCAAAGAAAAGCGCCAGGAACAGAUUGCCAAGAGACGGAGGCUGUCUUCUCUGAGAGCUUCUACCUCAAAGUCUGAGUCCAGUCAAAAAUGAGAUUGUUGUAAGAGGAACAAAUAAGUAAGAUCAGAAGUAAAAAAAAAAAAAAAAAAAAAGAAGAUAUGCCAAACUUUUCCCCAUCUUAGGAUAUUUGAUCUUCCCCUGACUAUCACCCCACAAGAUUUUCAAAUGACUUAUUUGUUCUCAACAUUUGGAUCUCAGCUCAAAUGUCUCUCAUUAUCAAGAUCUCUGUUCAAAUGUAACCUUCUUAACCCACAAUGUCAUCACCAUUUGUCACUCUCUGUCCUAUUAUCUGCUUUAUUUUCUUUAUAGCACUUAUCACUUUGGAAUAUCAGGACUGGUCUGUCUUGCUUAUUAAAAUCUAAUCUUGCAUUUCCAUUUUCACAGUACUAAAGUAGCUCUUAAUCAUG